AGCGUUUCAUUAAAUUAACCUUUGUAUAGUUUAGUUAGUGAUAACGGUAACCCGCCAAUAUGUUCUUCUUGUUAUGAUUUAACAAACCCAAAUCCAAAAUUAGUUCUUUUGCCGAUUAACGAAUUCAAAAUUUAAAUUUUCAACAGAUUCAAAGACAAAAGCAUGGGAGACAACUCGUCAGCGUCUGAUGAAAAGACCCAAAAGGCCGGGAAUCGGAUUACAAAUGUUUACAUCUGGGACAUGGACGAGACCCUUAUUCUGCUCAAGUCUUUGCUGAAUGGGGCUUUUGCUGAGGCUUUCAAUGGUUCAAAAGAUGUAAAGAAAGGUGUUGAGCUUGGGAGAAUGUGGGAGAAUCACAUUCUUAAAAUGUGUGAUGACUAUUUCUUCUAUGAGCAAAUUGAGAACUACAAUAAGCCUUUUCUUGAUGCAUUGAAGCAAUAUGAUGAUGGGAUGGAUCUUUCGGGUUAUGAUUUUAACCGGGAUGGGUUUAGUCCUCCACAUGAUGAUCCCAGUCUCAAGAAGCUUGCAUACAGGCACCGAGCUAUUGGGAAUAAGUAUAAACAGGGUUUGCAAAGUAUUUUUGAUCAAGAAAUGUUGAGUUUCUUGGAUGAAUUGUACAGUAUGACUGAUGAAUAUACAGAUAGAUGGCUAUCAUCAGCAAGGGCCUUUUUGGAGCAGUGUUCAAGUGGGGAAGACUACUCAACAUCUUCUCUUGGUUCUACCAGUGGGAUCACUGACUUUACUGAUGCAAAAUUCCAACAUGUAAAUGUUUUGGUGACUUCUGGAUCAUUGAUACCUAGCCUCGCAAAAUGCUUACUCUUUCGACUUGACAAUUGGAUAGCGCAUGGAGAUGUUUACAGCUCAUGGGAAGUGGGGAAACUCCAGUGUUUUCAAUGGAUCAAGGAACGUUUUAACAAUCCAAAUGUCCGGUUUUGCGUAAUUGGAGAUGGAUGGGAAGAAUGUGAGGCUGCACAAGCUAUGCAAUGGCCUUUUGUUAAGAUUGAUCUCCGACCUGGCAGUUCUCACAGGUUCCCAGGCCUCUCUCUUAAAACAAUAGGGUACUAUUUUUCUGUUGUGUAUGGAAGUCACGAUGCAGAAAAUGAUGAAGAGUAGGUUAUCACACCAUUGGAAAAUCCACAGAAUUGUGGUUGAAAAUUGAAAAAGUCUGGUAUUCUCUACAAUGGUGCUGAGUCUCUGGGGCAGCUCAUAGAUUGAAAUGUCAGCAUCGAAAGACAUUUUCAUAGGUUCUUUCUUCAUCCCUCAAAGCUUAUGUUGCUAUUUUCUGGUGUUUUUUUCAGUUUUGAAAGUGGGGCUAAUCAAAUUCUCCCAUGACUUACAAUUAGGAAAAUAACUUUCAUUCAGUCAUGAUUUGAUUAUGUUUUGGCCUCACAAUGCUGACCUUAUCUAAUUAUCUAUCAAGAUCUCAUUUAUGGCUCCACUCUAUCCGAAAAU